GAGGACAUUGACAGUGAAAUUAUUCUCUUCCAUGACACGUUCCUUCUGCAUCAGAGAUAUGCUGAAGACAAACACAAUGUCACAAUUACCGUCCCUAUGUUCGAGCCUGUCCCACCCAACUACUACAUCUCCAUUAUCUCUGAUCACUGGUUG